AUGUAUAAAGUUCUGUUUAAUUUAAGAUUACAUAAAUGCCCUGUUACCAGAUCUACCGAGUUAUUUAUAAAGCAAUAUAAGAACAGCUACAACGUAAUUCCGACUACGACAUACGUGAAUCAAACCAAAGCAAAAUCUUCACCUCCUAUUGUAGCUCAAUUAGCCGAACACGAUGUACAAGUACAUCAUGAAUUGCCCAGUUGUAUGCCCGAUAAGCCUAAAGUACCACCAGACAUUCGACCGACACCAUCUACCGAUGCUUCAAACCUUCUACGACAUUACUUGAAACUAUCCAAGAUCAGAUUAACUUCUUUAGUAGUAAUAACUUCUAUGGCGGGAUAUGCAGUAGCACCUGCACCUUUUGAGCUCACUACAUUCAUAUUAUGUUCAGUUGGAACUGGUUUACUAUCAGCAAGCGCUAAUUCAGUAAACCAGUUCCAUGAAGUACCUUUCGACGCUCAAAUGUCGAGAACAAAAAGCAGAGUAUUAGUUUGCGGAAGGUUAACACCUCUACAUGCCAUAGCAUUCGCCUUAACAGCCAGCAUUUCUGGAUUAGCAAUAUUGAAUUACGGUGUAAAUAGUUUAACGGCGGGUUUAGGACUUACAAACUUAAUUUUGUAUACUUCGGUCUACACUCCCAUGAAGAGGAUAAGCAUUUCAAAUACGUGGAUAGGCUCUAUAGUGGGGGCCAUACCGCCUUUAAUGGGAUGGGCUGCGUGCGCUGACUCCCUAGGCCCCGGAGCCUGGUUGAUGGCCGGUUUGUUGUACAGUUGGCAGUUUCCACAUUUCAAUGCACUUUCCUGGAAUCUGCGACCGGAUUAUUCAAGGGCUGGUUACAGGAUGAUGGCAGUCACCGAUCCGGGUUUGUGCAAAAGGGUGGCUUUGAGGCAUACAGUGGCCUUGCAAGCAAUGUGCACUGCAGCGCCAUUCUUAGAUACGACUAAUUGGUGGUUUUUAUUGGAAGCUACUCCUCUUAAUUUGUAUUUUAUUUAUUUAGCAUAUCGAUUUUACAAAGAUGCUUCAAGUUCGACAUCCAGAAAACUGUUUAGGUUUUCUCUAAUCCAUCUGCCUUUACUGAUGAUGCUGUUUUUAGUGAAUAAAAAGAAGUGGUUUAUUUUCAAUGAAGAGAAGGAAUCGGAAAGGACAGAUUCAGUGAAUUAG